CAGGUUCUGACCUCGUUUGACAUGCAUAAAGUGUUGGUGGCGUCUGCUGUUAGACACUGAAAAAGUCGUCUGCACAAGGAAAAGACAGAGCUUAAGACGAUGUUCGGAAUAGAGUUUGUACCGGAGACGACAAGCUUCUUGUUGCUUGUCGUCCUGGCGUUGGUCUCACUGUGGUGGUUAUCAACACGACGGCCAGCAGGACUACCUCCAGGACCAGGCUUUGCUCUUCCGGUGCUGGGUCACAUGCACCUCCUCAAGCUCAAGUCAGAUCCUCGUCAGCUGUUCGCAGCAUGGAGACGACAGUACGGUGACGUGUUCAGUCUGUACGUGGGCAGCCGCCUGGUGGUGGUGCUCAACGGCUACAAGGUCAUCAAGAGGCGCUGGUCAAACAAGCUGACAUCUUCUCCGACAGACCGCACUUUCCUAUUGUACAAAUUCUUAAUAUCAGAGGUCUUCUCGACACUUCUGGUCCUGUGUGGAAAGCUCAGCGGAAGACGUCCCUGGAGAUUCUGAGAGAGUUUGGCAUGG